AUGCCCACUGCUCCAUCGCGAUCUUUCUUGAUGCUGAGUCGCCACGCAAGUGCGAUUUCAGCUCCAAGACUAUCUUCACUCAGAAUCUCGAGCUCUAGCCAGCGUCUGUUCAGUCAAUCUAGCCUCCGCUUCGUGCCGCCGCAUAUAACCUCCCAUGCAAAGCUUGAUGAACCAUAUCCUACAGCCAACUUCAUCGACAACAAAUUCGUCGUCUCCGAGGCUGACGAAUGGAUCGAUCUUCAUGAUCCUGCCACCAACAAUCUCUUGACUCGGGUGCCUCAGAGUACUGACGCCGAGCUUCGAGCUGCAGUUGCUAGUGCUACAGCAGCUUUCCCACAAUGGAAAGCCACAAGCAUCCUGAGACGCCAACAAAUCUUGUUCGACUUCACUGCACUGAUCAGAAAGAACUGGGACAGACUUGCGGCCAGCAUUACGUUGGAGCAAGGUAAGACGUUCCAGGAUGCCAGAGGUGACGUUCUUAGAGGUCUCCAGGUUGCUGAAACGGCUUGUGGUAUUACGACCCAGAUGACUGGCGAUGUGCUCCCUGUGGCGAAAGAUAUGGAGACUCGGAGUUAUAUGGAACCCCUAGGUGUCGUGGCCGCAAUUUGCCCAUUCAGUGAGUCUACUGCUCCCUACUGGGAUGUACCAUCGCUAACCAGUACUANNGACUUUCCUGCAAUGAUACCCUUGUGGUCCAUCCCAAUAGCAACCGUGACCGGAAACUGCUUGCUCCUCAAGCCAUCGGAACGGGACCCCGGAGCAGCACUGAUACUUGCCGAACUGGUAAAGGAAGCAGGAUUCCCUGAAGGCGUCGUCAAUAUCAUCCAUGGAAGCAAACGCGCAGUCAACUUUAUCCUUGACGAGCCAGCUAUCAAGGCUGUCAGUUUCGUUGGUGGUACAGCAGCCGGAGAAUACAUAUAUGCUCGUGCUUCGGCGAACGGCAAGCGUUGCCAGGCGAACCUUGGUGCCAAAAACCACGCUGUCCUCAUGCCGGACUCGAACAAGAACCAAGCUUUGAACGCGAUAUCCGGGGCUGCUUUCGGCGCGGCUGGUCAGAGAUGCAUGGCACUGAGUACUCUUGUGGCUGUGGGAGACACUAAGACCUGGCUACCCGAAUUGAUCGAGCGCGCUAAAAACCUGAACGUGAAUGGCGGCUUCGAGCAAGAAGCUGAUCUUGGACCAGUCGUGAGUCCAGAAAGCAAAGCUCGUAUCGAGGAGCUCAUCGCAAGCGCCGAAGAAGAAGGUGCGACCAUCCUACUGGACGGCCGAAACUUUGCACCUAGGGACUAUCCCAACGGCAACUUUGUAAAUAUCAUGCAGGAAGAUUGCGAUCCAAUUACUAACUUUCGAGCAGNNGUCGGGCCCACAAUCAUCGCAAAUGUCAAGCCACACAUGAGAUGUUACAAAGAAGAGAUCUUCGGACCUGUUCUAGUAUGUCUCGAGUCUGAGAGCUUGGAUGACGCAAUCGCACUUGUCAACAAGAAUGAAUAUGGUAAUGGUGUGGCCGUUUUCACGUCUUCCGGAAGCACCGCUUCUUAUUUCCAGCAGAACAUUGAAGCUGGUCAAGUCGGCAUCANNAUGUUCCGAUCCCUUUUCACAGGCAACAAGAGAAGUGUCGCUGGCGGAGGUGUGAGCACGUUCUAUGGCAAGGCUGGACUGAACUUUUACACCCAAACCAAGACGGUUACCUCGCUGUGGAGUUCUGCUGCUGCAAGCACGUCGAGAGCGAGUGUUAAUAUGCCCACUCAGAACUGA